AUGCGUCCACUUUUCAAAUGUCAUUGGUCCCCAAAGGCCUUGAAGAUUACGCCACCCCUUGAGCUGAGCAUUGCGAUGACUAGCGAAUUCGAGACCGCACGGCCAGUGACCGUUGCUGCGUGCCAACUUGGCCCGGUCCAUUUAGCAGACUCGCGUGAAGAUGUACUAAAGCGCAUGUUUUCGCUUUUAGACCAAGCUGCAAAAGAAGGCGUUAAGCUCGCUGUGUUCCCUGAGCUGGCUUUCACGACUUUCUUCCCGAGAUAUUUGCUCGAAGGGGAAGACCUCGAUCAAUAUUUCGAGACUGAAGAUCCCACAAAGGGUGGAAUCGAACAAUCUCCUACUAUCAAACCACUUUUCGAUCAUGCUCGCUCUCUUGGCAUCGACGUUUACGCAGGCUACGCGGAGAGGAGUCUUCAGAAAGACGGCGUUCAUGUUGAUUACAACUCCAGUGUGUACUAUUCUUCGCAAGAGGACAAAGUUAUUGCAAAAUAUCGUAAAGUACAUCUCCCCGGAACCGUCGAGCCCCGUACCGAGUCAGGUGCCUAUCAACAGCUGGAAAAGCGUUAUUUUCGCCCUGGAAACAUCGGGUUUCCUGCAUUCCGGGCCCCGGGGCUUGUCGAAGGUGCUCUGAAGAAAUCUGAUGGUAUCGAAAAUCUCGAUACAACUGGCAAGGGUGACCCGAUCGUGGGAAUGCUCAUUUGCAACGAUCGUCGAUGGCCCGAAGCAUGGCGAGUAUACGGUCUCCAAGGAAUGGAAAUUAUGUGCUGUGGAUACAAUACGACCGCUUUCCCCACAACAUCCAGUGGACAUAUGGUAGAGAUGAGUCUAGAAGCCGCCGAGGAACAGGUCAUGCUGCAUCAUAAGCUAUCUUGUCAGGGAAACAGUUACAUGAACGCCUGUUUCAGUAUCAAUGUGGCUAAGACCGGCGCGGAAGACGGGAACCCGUUAGUUGGGGGCACUAUGAUUGUUCAUCCCCUUGGAUAUAUUAUCAAGGAGGCAAAUACCAAAGAAGAUGAGCUGGUGGUGGCUACUAUUGACUUAGCCGAUUGCCGACGGCCAAAAAAUACCGUGUUCGCGUUCGAGAAGCAUCGAAGACCUGAGCACUAUAAUCUUAUCUUGGAACAGACAGGGGUUGUUGAGCCGGAAUUACUGUGA